ACAGUGCCGAGAUUCAUGGGCUUGGUAACCAGGGACGCCGUCAUCGGCCACCAGAUGAUGGCCAAGAUUAAGCUUCGUGUCUACGACACAAUCCUGGAGGAUCUCAAGCUGAGGGUGGCGCUCUUCACACCUCGAGGCACAGUCGUUCCGUGUAUAGAACGCUUCGGCUCGUGCGUGUAUGACAUUUGUGAAAACGUGCCGGAGAACAAGGUGACAAUGUGGACGACCAAGUGUCCAGUGACGCCCGGCACCUACUGGCGCAACUUAGUAUUCCGGGUUUCGCCUAAAAUGGAGAAGCAUAUCGGCGAUGGAAACCUCAUUGCAGCCAUGAUGUUGGAGAGCAAGGGCAAGAAGCUUUCAUGCCAAGCCCUUCACUUGACAGUUUUCAAGACCAGGCCGACAACGGACAUCUGGGAUUAGAACGUCUCGUCUAAGAAGAAACAGCGGCGCGCGGAGAACUGCAGUGCGAGUUGAGAAGAAUAAAGUGAAUAUAUGCGGAUGACAA